GUAAUCAGAUGAUCAUCAAACACAAACUCGGAACACAACACACAAUACACAGGCAAAAGUAAAAAUGGCGAACGAAGAGCAUGAGGCAAAUGGAGAUUCUGAUGAACCUCAACAAGACUUGAAUGAAGAAUCAUUACAGAAAAAAGCUGUAAAACAUGACAGUGGAGCUGCAGAUUUGGAAAAAGUUACCGAUUAUGCCGAAGAAAAGGAGAUAUUUUCAGCGGAUGAGUUCAAAGGGGCUAUGACAAUUAUUGGAGACAGGAGAAACAAAGAAGUGGCAGAAAAGAUGGCCAAGGAACGGGAACUUCUAAAAGUUUCAAUAAAAAAGGAGGACGUCGAUCUUAUUGUCAAAGAGAUGGAAAUUUCAAGGAGUUUAGCAGAGAGGACCCUGAGAGAACACUGUGGCAAUAUAGUGCAGGCUCUCGUGUCUUUGACUGAGUAGCCCCUCAACCAACUCUGUCUCAAGUCAGAAGCUUGUCAAUUCACUGUACAAUUUUACUAAAAUUUGAAAAAUUUUCUCGCAAAUAUCCAAAACUUUUUCAACUUUGAUAACUCAUCAACCUAUAAUGCCUCCCAAUUCAAUUAGCAUGUUAAUUCAGGCUGGGUUAGUCAAGACAAGACUAGUCACGUUUAGUCACAAUACUUCACAUAGUUGCCUAUGAAUACAUGUCUAAUUAUAAUGACUAGUCAGUGUGAGUUGCGACAUAAGCAGCUAUGUGAAGUAUUGUGACUAAACGUGUCUGAUCAUGUCUUGACUAACUGGUGUGUGCCUAGCCUAACUGUUCAUUCCAAUUGAAAUUAAGACACUAAAUUUUCUAAAAUUAUUUUCAUGAAGACAACAAACUGUUUGAAUUUUUAGUUCCCUCAAGCAAGAAAUAGACACUCAUUAUUAUUGUAGAAUGUAGUAACUACUUAUAACAUCAGACUGCAAUGUCUAUGUCAAGAUUUAUAAAAUCUUGACUGAAUUCACCUCGUCAUGCAACCAAAGGAUUAACUUAAUACUAAAUACACACAAAAAAUUAUACAUAAAUAAAUCAGUUCCCCAGGAAGAGCAUAAGAGAAUUAUCGA